AUGGAAGCGAUCGGUGCCGGUGCCAGCACUCUAGCCUUCGUCUUACUGGCGCUCAAGUCAGCUAAGGUCAUCAACGAGUCACUAUCCUCAAUCAAAGACGCCCCGAGAACAGUAAUCGAGCUGUUGGAGGAUAUGAAAUUCCUACAGUCGAUCCUUGAACGCUUGUCGCAGUGCACGCUUCAACAUGCCUCAAUCAGCACAGUCGAUUCUCUGACCCAGACACUGCAAGGCUGCACAACGGAAUUGUCCAGCAUCGAAGGUCGCCUUGCAAAGUUCUUGCAGGAUACUGUGAGUAGCCGGUCAAGGCGUGUGUAUAAAGGAGUCCUGGCAUAUAUCAAGAAAGAGGACCUGGAGAACGCGCGACGUAGAGUCAGAGACAAAUCGACACAGAUCAAUCUCUACCUCGGUUUGCUCCAGGCACAAUCGAUGUCUGAGUUGUCUUCUCAAGUUCAUACUCAAGCGAUAGCAACCACAAGCAUUCUGGAGGAGAUACUAAAUGAAGUAUCGAGGAUUCAUGCACGAAUAAGUCACGGACCCGUCCCAGGCAUUGAAGAACACAGCGACGUCGCAGACGACGCGAUUGUCAAUAAUCUCGAAGCAUUGAUGAUAUGCUCUGAGCUGGACUCUAGCAUAUCCCGUCUCUCUGCGCUUGUCGGCCAUGACGGACUCAGCUUGGAUGCAGAAGAUGCAGAGCAGAUAAUCGACGACUUACGGAGAUUCGUUGUGGUCGCUAGGGAAAAGUCCGUCGCGAAUGCAAAGCUAAAGACUUCUGAUGCUUAUAGUAUAGGCGCAGAGAGUAGUACCAAACUAGUUAGUGGGGAUUUUAAGCUCAUUGAAGGUCUGAUUAUCUCGGCACCUAUCAUCGCCAUCAACAAAUCAGUGGCUAGUUCGCGAAAGCUUCUCUCACACCUGCCACAAGGCGCCAUCAUCAAACAGAAGCGUAUAAGAGAACAAAUCGAUGUCGACCAGGGCUAUUUGACCAUCUCUACGAAUAAGCGUAGGAGGGUUUGUUCAGGUGCUCCCAAAGACUCUUCUGGGAAUACAAGUACCUAUCGAGAUGUGGUUGCGAAUAUUGUCUUCCGCCCAUCAAACUCCCCUUGGAUGUUCUCAGUUUCACUGUCACAAGGUCAGCUGUUUGAUCGAAGUAUUCAAAGUAUCCCACGGAUAUCGGUCUGCCGCAUUAUUCCCAACGACUCACCUGUCUUUGACCUUGUAAAACGUGGCUUGUUGGACGAUUUUAGGAGCUUAUUACAGGAAGGCAAGGCUAGUCUUCGUGAUCACGAUGAGCAAGGCAUGCCGUUGCUGCAUUAUGCAGCAACGGCCAGUGUUGAAAUGUGCAAGUUUCUGAUCGAAUCUGGGGCGGACGUAGACGAGAUGGGAGAGAAUACUGGUACUGCACUUUCACGUAUAGCCGGGCUCGACCGCCAUGAUACAACAUUAUUGCUCCUUGAAAACAUGGCAGACCCAACGCUUUCAUAUCCUGGAUGGGACAACCCAUUGUAUACGGCAUGCAGUCUUGAUCUUCCAUCCGCAGAGCUCUUCCUUAGGCACGGUAGGCAUUUCACUUUGCAUGAUCUGGAAAGCUAUGACUUGAAUGGAAGGACGAGGCUCCAUCAGAUUUGCAUGGCAGAGACAAAAUCCACGAGCAAGAAAAAGGCUCUUGAGAUACUCACAAGUGCCGGAGCGAAUCUAAGCGCUCGAGUCAUCAAGUCAUGGUCACCGGAUGAUCAUCAGACGCUAGGAUUUACGUGUCUCCACAGCCUUGUGUACAAGGCUCAUCGAAACAAGGACCGAGAUGAGUUAGAAGCACUCGUGUUCCUGAUACGACAGGGGGCAGAUGUACUCUCUGUCGAUCACCAUCAGCACAGUGUAUCAAUGCGUGCAUAUUUGCCGAAUGACAACGAUAACCAAUAUUCAUCGAAGGGUUCUUAUAGAGGAGAUCUUUGGGAUGCAGCGCUGAGUCUAUGCGGUUAUGAUAUCAGUGAGCAUAGAGCUAUGCAUCCACGGGUACCAAGGUAUAACAAAAGUUAUCGCAGAAAGGACUUUGAGAGACUCUGGCAGGGCCGUGAACCUUCAUGUCCGUAUUGGGAUGAUGAGCGAUAUCCCAAGGUUGGCGGCGAUGAGAGUUUUUGGAAACAGCCCAUCCGACGCUGUGAUCACGUUGCCUGUUCAGAUUGCGAGGAUCCCCAAGCAGAAGCAGUCGAUCUCGAAAAGGAAGAUGGUCUCGAUGCUGAUGUACCAGGCUAUGCCCUUGAUAUAUACCGUCAUUGGGCGCUCGAGGCUUCGGAACCAGAGGUUGACGUUUUUGACCUUUUAAGACAGCGAGAAUCACCUGUUUCCAUUGGCUACGAAUUAUGCGAUCUCAUGUCCCUACCCGAUAGAGACGAUUACGAAUUUGACCAGGCUUUUUCCAUCUGGGAGCGUGAGCAGGAGGAGCUGGAACAACAGGAACACAAGCCAGAAGUCAGUGAGGAUGGGGAGGAGGCUUUUGAAAGAUUGGUAGUUGAGCCAAUGAUGAAUGAUUUAGAAGAGCAAAUGGAGACGAAUAUGCUGGAGGGAUCAGGAGAGGAUGAAGAGCAAUAUAUGUUUCUUGAUCAAUGGCUUGAGUACUACAACAGGGCGGCAGAAGAAGAAAGGGAAGGUUACUAUUUUUGA